UACAAUAUUUACAUGCAUUACACAUAUAUAAAUUAAGCUGCAAGUGUUUUUCAAGUUUGCAUUUACAGUUAUUUAGUAAAGCUUCUUUAUUUAAUGUUAAAUAAAUUAUAAAUCUUCUCAAUGUGAAAUAAUAUAUACAACACAUACAUACAUUUUCUUUAUUUUAUCUGAGUUGAUUCUAUUUAUAUAUAUAUAUAUAUAUAUACGCACGUAAAAGAAGAAAAUAGAACAGAUAAAUUAUUGUCAAAUGUUAAAUGUGUGUGCGUAUGAUAAUAACAUAUCAUUUUAAUGGAAAUGAUAAUACAAGACUGAAAACGAAUAAUUGUUGAGAGUAUGUUAUUAUUGUAAUAAAAUUUUUUUAAAAAUUGCGUGAAAAAAAAAUAAAAAUGCCUGACAAUGGAAAUAAUGAAGAAGAUGAGAUUGAAAGUGAAGGAAUGCUUGAUCAAAGCAGAAACACUGAUUCAGGACAAAUAGCACAAGAAACUCCAAAACAAACAAUAAAAUACGUUCCAGGUCGUGGUUCAAAUCGUUAUAAUAAUGCACUUCAAAAUCUCAUACCUUUACGUCCAAAAGUGAAAGAAAAAGAAAAGCCACCCGAGGACAAUGUUGGUUUAUUUUCCUUUAUUUAUUUAACGUGGUUCACUAAAUAUCUUUGGAAGGCAUAUCGAAAGGGAAUUGACAAAAAUGAUUUACCAAAUACAUCGAUAUUCAAUUCUUGUGCCUAUAAUUGUCAAAGAUUGGAAAUUCUUUGGAAAGAGGAAUUAGGUAGAAGAGGUUCAGAUGGAGCUUCAUUUACAUUAGUCGCAUGGAGAUUUGCACGAACAAGAAUUCUUCUCUCAUGCAUUCUAUAUGGUUGUUCCGUUAUUUUUGGAUUUUUAAGUCCUGCAAUAUUAAUGAGAAAAGUAUUAGAAUAUUUACAAGAGACUGAUGAAUCAUAUUUGAAUGGAAUAAAAUGGGCGCUUCUUUUAAUAUUUUGUGAACUUUGUCGUUUGACAUUAAUAAAUUGGAGUUGGAAUAUGAAUAUAACAACUGGUAGAAGACUAAAGUCCGCAUGUUUGGCAUUGUUGUAUAAAAAAAUUAUAGGAUUAAACAGCCUUGGAAACAAAAGUACCGGAGAGCUUAUUAAUGUAUUUUCAUCGGAUGGACAAAAAGCAUUUGAUUUAAUGCUUUACGGUCCUCAAAUUGUUGGCGGUCCAGUGGCGACAAUUUGUGGAAUUAUUUAUAUUUUCUAUACUCUCAGUCCUAUGGCUCUUUUGGGAAUGAUAGUUUUUUCUUUAUUUUACAUUUUACAGUAUUUGUUGACACGUAUCACAAAGUAUUAUAAAUCUAGAUGUUUAAAAAUUACUGAUAUACGAAUAAAAAUUAUCAGCGAUAUUUUAGAGAGUAUAAAACUUAUUAAAUUGAAUGCCCAAGAAAAUUUUAUCACUGAAGAAGUUUCAAAAAUUCGUCGAGAUGAAAAAAAAUGGCUAUCGAAACUUGCUUUUUAUGAUAGUACAACUAUUUCUUUAACACCUACGGUUUCAAUUAUUGCGACUAUUGUCACAUUUUUAACUCAUCUAUCAACGGGUGAUAAUUUAACGGUGGCACAAGCAUUUCCCAUUUUAUCAAUCAUUGUCAUCGUAUUAUCACAGGCGUCAUUUGAAAUUAAACAAGGAUCAAAAGAUUAUAAACCUGCUCGUAUUGCUUUUAGCAAUUUUAAGGUAUUUCCUCUAUUAUCGUUUCUUAAUGUACAAACUCGAAGUGCCCUGACAGUUGUGUAUAUUGCUCUCUUAAACAUUGUAGAAGGAAAUUUAACAUUCAACAGAUUUAAGAGUGUAUUGCUUCUUGAAGAAACAAAUUGUCAUGUAUCAAAACCAAUAGUAAGAUCUCAAGCACUAUCGAUUUUAAAUGGAAAAUUUGUUUAUGAUAAUUUUGAAACGAGACCGUCAUCAGUUAAUUCCGUCGAAAAAGGAAUGAAAUUGAAAAAGAAAAAAUCAAAGCGUUUAAUUAUGGAAAAGCGACGAGUUGAAAUACUAUCAGAUAUAACGUUUGAAGCUGGAAAAAGUCAAUUAAUUGGAAUUUGUGGUCACGUGGGAAGUGGAAAAUCAAGUUUACUUUUGGCAAGUUUAGGACAAUUGCGAAUGAUUUCAGGACAAGCGAUGAGAAAUGGUUCAUGCGCUUAUGUUGGACAACAAGCUUGGAUUAUAAAUGCAACAUUCAAAGAAAAUGUCAUAUUUGGUGAAGCAUUCGAUCCAAAACGUUAUUAUCGAGCUCUCUCUAUUUGUAGUUUAAAGGAUGAUAUUAAUAUGUUGCCAAGCGGUGAUGAAACUGAAAUUGGCGAAAGAGGAGUUAAUUUAUCCGGAGGACAGAAACAAAGACUCGCACUUGCCAGAGCAUUUUAUUCUAAUCGCGACAUUUAUUUUCUCGACGAUCCUCUAAGCGCUGUCGACACUAAUGUUGGAGUUUAUAUAUUUGAAAAUUUAAUUUUAGGCGCAUUGAGAGAUAAAACUAUUCUCUUUGUAACACAUCAAAUGCAAUAUUUAAAUCGUUGCGACGAUAUAUACAUGAUGUAUAAUGGACGAAUAAUCGAACAUGGAAAACAUGAGGAAUUGAUGCACGCUGAUAAAGAAUAUGCCGCAAUGGUUAAAAAUACAAUUGUUGAUUCGCAAGAUAGUUCUCCAGAAGAAGAUCAAGAAACCGAGGAAGAAGAAUCGGAUACGGAAGAAGCGUCAAAUGUAAAAUGUGAACAAAAUAUGAGAAAUUCACCAGGAAGGGAAAAUUUUGCCGAUGAUAAUAAAACAGACAAAACAGAUGGAACUGGCAAAAGUUUAAUGACAAAGAAAAAUAUGAAACGAAGAGAUAUUUCGGCGCAAACUUUUCACAUUUAUAUAAAAGCCGCUGGUGGAUAUUUUAUUGUUUUACUAUUGUUUUUGUCAUUUUUUUUAAACAUCGGUUCAGUUACAUUUAGUUCAUGUUGGUUGGCUUUUUGGUUAAAAGAAGGCGGCGGAAUUGCAAACAUUACAAUUGGAAAUGAAACAAUGAAAUCAGUUAAUAUAAAUGAUAAUCCAAAUUUUAAUUACUAUGAAAUUGUUUAUGCGAGUUGUAUUUUUAUUAUUUUAUUAACAAGUUUAUUGCGAGCGUUUGCAAUCACUGGUGUUACUAUGAAAGCGGCAAUUGCUUUGCAUCGUCAAUUAUUUCAAAAAAUGAUUGGCUCUUCAAUUCGAUUUUUCGAAACAACACCAAGUGGUGAAAUACAAAAUUUAUUUAGCUCCGACAUCGAUGUAGUUGAUAAUGGAAUGAGAAUAUCACUCGAAAUGUUUCUACAGACUAUUUUCACUUGUAUUUUUACGAUUUUUAUCAUUUGCUUCGUUCUUCCAUGGUUUAUUAUUCCUUUAAUAUUCCUAGCUGGAAUUUUUUACUUUAUUGGUAGAAUAUUCAGAAUUAGUAUGAGAGAUUUGAAGAGAUUAGAAAAUGCGUCACGUUCACCAGUGUUUAGUUCAAUAACAGCAACAACUCAAGGACUUAAUACAAUUCGUGCUUUUAACAAAGAACAGGAAUUUAUUUUCAAAUUUCAAGAAUUACUUGAUCAAAAUUGCACAUAUGAAUAUUUUCGUAAUAUGGCAUCGAGAUGGUUAGCAAUAAGAUUUGAUGUUUUGUCAUUAUUUUCAACGUGUAUUGUUUUAUUAUUUGUGAUAGGUUUUAAGAAUCAUUUGCCACCAGCUUUUGCUGGUUUGGCAUUGGCAUUUGUCGCGCAAACUACUGGACUUUUUCAAUUUUCAUUGAGAAAUUUUUCCGAGCUUGAAGCUCGUUUUACAAAUGUUGAAAGAAUUUCUUCCUUUUUGCGAACAAUAAAAAGUGAGAAUAAAUUAAAAGUUACAAUUACUCCCACUGAAGAGUGGCCCACUCAAGGUACAAUUGAAUUUAAAAAUGUGAGAAUGAAAUAUGAUGAAAAUUUGCCAUUUGUAUUGAAUGAUAUUUCGUUUUCAAUUAAUAAUGCCGAAAAAAUAGGUAUUGUCGGUAGAACAGGAGGUGGAAAAAGUUCUCUUGUCAAUGCUAUUUUUCGUCUUUGUGAAUUAUCCGAAGGUAAAAUAACAGUUGACGGAAUUGAUAUUUCAAAAAUUGAUCUCGAACUUCUUAGAAGUAAACUUUUUAAUGUGCCUCAAGAUCUCGUUCUCUUUGGCGGAACAAUUAGAUCUCAUGUGGAUCCUUUUGAACAAUUCACAGAUGAGGAAAUUUGGAAAGCUCUCGAGAAAUCGCGACUAAAGGAUAAAGUUGCUUCAAUGCCGGGUCAAUUGACACAAUCAGUAAAAUCAGGUGGCAAUAAUUUAAGCAUGGGCGAAAAACAACUUCUCUGUUUAACAAGAGCAAUUUUAUGUCAAAGUAAAAUAAUAUUGUUGGAUGAAGCAACAGCAUCAGUGGAUCCUGAAACAAGUGCAAUAAUUGACUAUACAAUUCGAGAGGAAUUUCCAAAUUGCACUGUUAUUAUAAUAGCUCAUCGUUUACAAACAGUUGUGUCAUGUGAUCGUGUACUUGUCAUUGAAAAUGGAAGAAUUGUCGAAUUUGAUAAACCAAGGGAUCUUAUUUUAAAUCCAGAAUCAAAAUUCUCAAAAAUGAUGAGUAUUGAAGAAUCAAUUAAAAAAUUUUAAUUUUAUUUUUACAAAAAAA